AAAUCUUGGAACCAUCCCAACCACUGCCAUAAGUGGGAUUUUCAGUCAGUUAUGUUAGAUCAGAUAAAGUACUUGUUGACACCCAAGCGGUUAGCAUUAAUCGUGGGUGGUUGUGCGGCUGCUGUUGUUUUGAUUGUUGUCAUAGCAGUCGUUUCAAGGAAAAGUGGCCCAGAAAAGGAUGAGGCAGUGCCAGUACCUGUAGUGGACAAGAUUGUGGCUCAUAUCAACAAUGAAAAUAUCCGAGAGAAUAUCAAGUAUUUCGCCGCCGAACCACACCCGGCUGGAGGAAAAAGGAACUUGGAACUUGGAGCAGAGGUGUUGAGACGAUGGAAGAGCUAUGGGUUUGACAAAGUUUUCAAUAAUGACUACGAGGUCUUAUUGUCCCUUCCUACCGAAGAGAGCUACAUCAAAUACAGCGGAAUUGUACAGUACAAACCUAAAAACAAUGAAGACAGCAAUAUCAUACCACCGUUCAAUGCAUUUUCUAAAAAUGCAAAAGUAUCAGGGAAAGCUGUGUACGUCAAUUAUGGUAGAGUUGAAGAUUUAGAGGAACUUGUUAAGUUAAAAGUGGAUCUAGUCGGAAAAAUUGCUCUCUGCAGAUAUGGAAAGAUAUUUAGGGGAAGCAAGGCGCAAAAUGCCUUCGACAAAGGUAUGAUAGGCAUGAUUCUCUACAGCGAUCCUUCAGACUCUGGAUCAGAUAGAGGCGAUGUUUACCCAGACGGUAUGUGGCUUCCAGACACGGGAGUACAAAGGGGUAAUGUCAAGUCUAUCAAGGGAGACAUUUCAACCUUCAUGUUCCCAUCAUACGAGGGUGGGUAUCAUUCGAGCGAAGAGGAGUUAGCUAAAAUUGCUCCAAAGAUUCCAGUCAUUCCUAUUCCUUACAAUGAUAUCAAGCCAAUCCAUGCCCUGAUUGAAGCAGAUAGCCCAUCUACUCCAGAAGGAUGGGGUAACUACAAAAUAGGACCAUCAAAUGGGGAGAUUGAACUGAAUGUCAAAACAAAUGACACUCUUGCUCUCUGUAGAAAUAUAAUAGGAGUCAUCGAUGGAGCGGUGGAACCCGACCGGUAUGUUCUUGUGGGAGUACACAGAGACGCAUGGAUUCAUGGAGCAGUAGAUCCUGUAAGUGGGAUGUCUACAAUCCUCGAAAUUUCUAGAGCAUUUGGGGAGCAACUGAAGACAGGAUGGCGGCCAAGAAGGACAAUUAUAUUUGCAAGUUGGGAUGCUGAGGAACCAGGAAUUAUGGGCUCAUAUGAAUUUGCUGAAGACUUCAUGACAGGUCUAAAGCAUAAGGCAGUAGCAUAUAUCAACAUGGAUUCUGCUGCAGGUGGCACACAAAUGAUUAGAAUGAAAUCGACACCAAACCUCAUCAGUCUUCUCUAUGAUGCCGCAAAAAAGACAGAUUCACCUAAGGCGCCAUAUAAGACCAUGUAUGAUUUCUGGAUAGGCACAGAAAAGGAAUACAAUGACAUUGAUUACCACCUACCCCCAGUACAGCUGAUUGGAUCUGGCAGUGACUAUACUGCUUUCCUCAAUGAAAUAGGAGUAUCAUGUAUUGAUUUUGCAUACAAGAGUAACUAUGGCACAUACCCUGUGUAUCACACCCAAUAUGAUACAUACAAAUGGCUCAGCACCUUUGGGGAUACAGAUUUUACUUACCAUAAGUAUUUAGGAGACAUGGCUGCAAGGACAAUUUUUUCUCUAGCCAAUGAUGAGAUAUUGCCCUUUUCGUCUGUGGACUAUGCAAAGAAAAUUCAAGAGUUAACAUUAUCUCUAAUCGGAAAAAACACAGAUAAAUUAGCCCUCAAUUUUACUGGUAUGAAGAUUCUGGCACAAGAAUUUGUUGAUGCUGCAAAAGAAUUCCAGGAUCACGUUGCCAGUUACUCUAACACAACUGAUGAAAGUGGUUUAAAGCUCAGAAACAUCAAUGACAAACUGAUGCUGAUGGACAGACAAUUCAUUCACGAGCAAGGACUGCCUGGCCGACCUUCAUUCAGGCAUCUUAUAUUCGCUCCAAGCUCUACAGAUACUUAUGCUGGAUCUGCUUUUCCGGGGAUAGGAGAUGAGAUGAAGAAGGGGAAAAAAGGAUCAACGCAAAAGCAAAUAGGACUGGUAACAACUAAACUAGAAGCUGUUACAAGAUCAAUUGACUCUGAAGUGAGCUUCCUUUAAAUCUAAUGUUUCUGUUACAAGAUCAAUUGACUCUGAAGUGAACUUCCUUUAAAUCUAAUGUUUCUGUUACAAGAUCAAUUGAAUCUGGAGUGAGCUUCCUUUAAAUCUAAUGUUUCUGUUACAAGAUCAAUUGACUUUGAAGUGUGCUUCCUUUAAAUCUAAUGUUUCUGUUACAAGAUCAAUUGACUCUGAAGUGUGCUUCCUUUAAAUCUAAUGUUUCUGUUGCAAGAUCAAUUGACUCUGGAGUGAGCUUCCUUUAAAUCUAAUGUUUCUGUUACAAGAUCAAUUAACUCUGAAGUGAGCUUCCUUUAAAUCUAAUGUUUCUGUUACAAGAUCAAUUGACUCUGAAGUGAGCUUCCUUUAAAUUUAAUGUUUCUGUUACAAGACCAAUUAACUCUGAAGUGAGCUUCCUUUAAAUUUAAUGUUUCUGUUAAAAGAUCAAUUGACUCUGAAGUGAGCUUCCUUUAAAUCUAAUGUUUCUGUUGCAAGAUCAAUUGACUCUGAAGUGAGCUUCCUUUAAAUCUAAUGUUUCUGUUACAAGAUCAAUUGACUCUGAAGUGUGCUUCCUUUAAAUCUAAUGUUUCUGUUGCAAGAUCAAUUGACUCUGGAGUGAGCUUCCUUUAAAUCUAAUGUUUCUGUUACAAGAUCAAUUAACUCUGAAGUGAGCUUCCUUUAAAUCUAAUGUUUAUAUUACAAGAUCAAUUGACUCUGGAGUGAGCUUCCUUUAAAUCUAAUGUUUCUGUUACAAGAUCAAUUGACUCUGAAGUGAGCUUCCUUUAAAUUUAAUGUUUCUGUUACAAGAUCAAUUGACUCUGAAGUGAGCUUCCUUUAAAUUUAAUGUUUCUGUUACAAGAUCAAUUGACUCUGAAGUGAGCUUCCUUUAAAUCUAAUGUUUCUGUUACAAGAUCAAUUGACUCUGAAGUGAGCUUCCUUUAAAUCUAAUGUUUCUGUUACAAGAUCAAUUGACUCUGAAGUGAGCUUCCUUUAAAUCUAAUGUUUCUGUUGCAAGAUCAAUUGACUCUGAAGUGAGCUUCCUUUAAAUCUAAUGUUUCUGUUGCAAGAUCAAUUGACUCU